CGUAUCCAUGCAGCCGCGGGAAGCCUGCAUACACAUGAUGGGAAAGAAUGGCCUAGCACUGCUUCAUUCAGUACAAGCGAUGAUAACUGCAACUUAAUACCAAGCCUAAAGUGUUGGAGCCUGAGACGUCGGUGUCAAAGGUUGCGGAAUUGUUCCAAAACAAUCUUUCUGUCACUGACGCAUUGUUGUACUCUGAUCGCCUAUUUUUACGCGCUGGUCUGCCGACAGUCAGCUAAGAAGACCAAGUCGGGCACUUCAUCUGCUUUCCUCUUUUUUAAUCCCUCACUUCAUAAUUUCCCUUUCUUCUUCAAUCGGCUGGUCUGGUUUAUUGGUUUCUUUUCCUUUUUUCCUUUAUUCGCGCAUUCGUCAUUCCGGAAGACAUAGAAUCUUGUUCUUAUGUUUUAAUUACGAUAGACACCGGCAGCACUUCUACUUUCUCCCUCCUCCUUCGCAACCCCGAUCCCAAUCCCCUUACCUUUGAGAAGACAAAACAUUGCUCUUUGAGCGUGACGCAAAAUGCCGACUCUCGAUGUCAGUGAACUGAACAUCGUCAUCGCCGUUCUUGGUGCUUUCAUAAUCACCUUUGGCAUCAUUUCGGUGAAAGUCAAACAAGUCUGGUACUUGGGCGAGGCGUUGCCUGCCGUUAUCUUGGGUAUAAUUUUGGGACCCAUAUCAGCCAAGUUCCUGGAUGCAGAAAAAUGGGGCUCUGCUGUGGAGGGACAGAAAGAAGCCAUCACUUUGGGCAUCUGCCGAGUUGUCAUCGGAGUGCAGCUGGUCAUGGCCGGGAUCCAGCUUCCUGCCAAAUACAUCCACAAGAACUGGAAAGAGAUGGCAACUCUGUUGCUCCCUGUCAUGACAAUCAUGUGGCUAUGCACCGGCUUGUGUAUCUACAUCACGAUCCCUAAGAUCUCCUUCCUCGCUGCCCUCGUCAUCGGAUCCUGCUGCACAUGUACGGAUCCUGUGCUGUCUCAAGCAGUCGCCAAAGGCCCAUUUGCAGACAAAUAUGUCCCGCGUGCUCUGCGUGAAAUCAUCUCAGCAGAGGCCGGCGGCAACGAUGGAUUCGGCUUUCCAUUCUUGAUGCUAGCCACCUUUUUGAUCCGCCACGCAGACAAGGAAGGAGUCCAAUUCAAGGAGGGAUUUUCUGCCGCCGUUACUGAGGGAGCACCCCACUUGCUCAAGCGCGCGGGCGAUGUCGGUCGCUUGGGUGGAGGCAUUCCCAAGGCCAUCGAGCAGUGGUUCGUCGAGGGAUGGUUCUACUUCAUCUUGAUGUCGAUCGCCAUUGGAGUUAUCGUCGGAGUCUUCAGUUUGUUUGCCAUCAAGUUCGGGUUGCGUAGGAAGUGGGUGGAUUCGGAGAGCUUCUUGUUGUGGCCUACUGCUGUUGGCCUUUUCACCUUGGGUGUUUGCGGAGCCAUCGGAACUGACGAUCUCCUCGCUUGCUUCGUGGCCGGUACCGUCAUGAACUGGAACGGGCUAUACCUCGAGGAAUCACUCAAACGCCAUGAUGAGGUCAACUCGUGUGUUGACAUUCUUCUUACCUUCGGUGGCUUCAUGUACAUCGGUACCAUCUUCCCUUGGGACUCGUUCCAACAGCCUCAAGUCACCGGAAUCACCGUGGGGAGGCUCUUCCUCCUUGGUUUCCUUGUCCUUGUUUUCCGACGAAUUCCAGCUAUCUUCAUGACUUACCAAGUGGGAUUGAAGAGCUGCGUGAAAAGCUGGAAAGAAGCACUAUUCAUGGGAUACUUCGGCCCAAUCGGAAUCGGCGCUGUAUUCUUCGUCGAACACGCAAGCCAUUUCUUCCCCAAACCUGAAGAAGCCACCACUGCCGAAGAAGAGGACCUCAUGCUCGCGAUCCGCCCAACCAUCUACUGGCUCGUUCUCUUCUCCAUUGUUGUCCACGGUCUUUCAAUCCCAGCGCUCAACCUUUGCUACGAAUGGCGCGGCGUUCCCCCGAUCAUCGAAGAGCAGCCUAUCGAAGUCCCAGUCUUCUCGCUCAACGCUGCGGCACCAUCAAACGGAUACGUCAACCCGAAGCGCAAGUCGAUUAUGGUGCACAACCGUUUCUCAAGGCCUGUAUCGCAGGCUCCUCAGGAGUUGUACAGGUGGCAUGCUCAAAACAACUCGGAGGAGACUUUGAAAGGUCACGUUUAG